AUGAUUUCUCUCACGGAUUCGCAAAAAAUCGGGAUGGGGUUGACAGGGUUUGGUGUAUUUUUCCUCUUCUUUGGGAUGAUGCUAUUUUUUGAUAAAGCUCUGCUCGCCAUAGGAAAUAUUCUGUUUGUGUCUGGCCUGUCCUUCGUCAUCGGCCUGGAGCGCACCUUCAGGUUCUUCUUCCAGAGGCACAAGGCAAAAGCCACCGGCUUUUUCCUGGGAGGAGUCUUCGUGGUUCUGAUCGGCUGGCCGAUUGUUGGCGUUGUUCUGGAGAUCUACGGUUUCUUUCUUUUAUUCAGGGGGUUCUUCCCUGUGGCGGUCGGGUUCAUCAGAAGAGUACCUGUGCUUGGAUCAUUGCUCAGCUUACCGGGGAUCAGUACUCUGGUGGAUAAAAUUGGUGAGAGCAACGCCAUGGUAUAACACAAAGCUGCUAACACAACGGGAAAGUUACACUAUUUCUCACGGUUUCUAACUGUGAUUUUUAUAUUUUGAUAAUUUCCACUCCAAAACAGUGAAUUUAAACAUUUAUUUUCUACAGAAA